CUGUAAUCUAUUUCCCUUUGCUUCAAUCUUGUUUGGAAGACGAAAAAUUACAAAAAUCCUAAGCCCAAUUCGAGGCCCAUGAUAUAUGAUUAAAUCGUGUCGUCUCUUUCAUUUCUCCAAUCCGUGUGCCGAAGCCGAUGAUGGUUUCGAGUUGUAGCUCACUCACUCAUCAAAGUGUGAACUGGAGAGGCCUAUCAUCAUCUUGAAUACAGACGAAAGAUCAUUGCACAAUGGAAGUAGGAUCAGCAACUAAGCUUCAGUGCCAACGUAUAGGCUGCAACGCCAUGUUCACCGAUGAUGACAAUCCAGACGGUUCUUGCCAGUUUCAUGCUUCUGGACCAUUUUUUCACGACGGAAUGAAAGAGUGGAGCUGCUGCAAGCAAAGAAGUCAUGAUUUCACUUUGUUCUUGGAAAUCCCUGGAUGUAAGAAAGGCAAACACACAACUGAGAAACCAGUUCUUGCCAAACCUGCGCCAAGACAGCCUCCUAUCACGGUUCCUACUUCAUCUCCAGUUGCCAAUGCAGCAGCAACAUUAAAAGACUCUUGCUCUAGGUGCCGCCAAGGCUUCUUCUGCUCUGACCAUGGCUCCCAACCCAAAGGACAGAUCAGGCAGGACCUGAGUACACCAGUAGUACAAGCGCAAGAAGAAGAUAUUGAGACCUUAGCACCACCACCUCCAGUUAAAAAGGUUGUUAUAGACAUCAAUGAACCGCAAGUUUGCAAAAACAAAGGAUGUGACAAAACAUUCAAAGAAAGAGACAAUCACGAGACUGCUUGCAGCUAUCAUCCAGGUCCUGCUGUCUUCCACGACAGACUCAGAGGGUGGAAGUGCUGCGAUGUUCAUGUGAAGGAGUUCGACGAGUUCAUGGAAAUACCUCCUUGCAGUAAAGGUUGGCACAGCAGCAGCGCCGAUCAAGCGGUCUGAUAUUUAUUCAUGUGAUUUUCAAUAUGAAGUAUUUAUAAUCUUUUCAGAUUUCUUAUUAGAAUGAUAUUGGAACAUUUCAUUGAUGGAUAUACAAAUAUGUAAUGAUUAAAAUGCUCAUUAUACUCUUGUUUUAAAUGCUUUCAUGCUUUAAGAGGU